AUUCCGUUAAGUGAGGGUUGAUAAGGAGAGAAAAAGUUAUCACAUUUCGAUAAUUUUAGUCCCAAAUUAUUGCCUUGUGUGUGUUUUUUUUUUUUUUUUUUUAAAUUGCUAACUCUUGCCUUUAAUUAUUCCGUCUGCCAUCUUUUAUAGUUGCCUUCUUUUCCAAAAUACCACUCACAUUCCACUGCAAGCGCUCUCAUGAAGUUCCAAAACCAAGCUUUAAAUUGUCAAUUUUUCUUUCAAAAAUCUCUUCUUUAAAUAUCUAGCUUCAUCUCUCUCUCUCUCAAUUGUUCUGAUGGAGGUUCAAAACCAAGAAAACCAGAAACCAAACACAGAUCAAGUAGUCCUUUUCAUGGACCAGCCAACCCCAAAACUGAAAGACUCGCAACCACCACAAGCAGACUCCACAACCACCACUACAGGAACCAAAACUCUUCGCCGCCUCAAGUUGUCAAAACCCAAAUCACGUUUCGCCGAAUUCAAGUACCCUCCCUCUACAAAAACCAUACCUGAAUCGGACGAAUUCCAACCAGUAACCUCGCACGAAAGUUAUACAGACGAAGAAGAAGAUGAUGACGAUGAAUGGUUUGAAAACAUGGGAGAAGAUGACGAUGAAGACGAACAUUCCAAGUAUCGAAAAAGAAGGAAAAGAAAGAUCAACAAGAGAGCCUUAAUAGAGUUCAUAUUGUUUCUCAUCAUAAUGACUUGCUUGAUAUGUUCUUUAACUCUCGAAUCAUUCAACAACAAGGUGAAAUGGGGGAUAAAGAUAUGGAAAUGGUGUCUUCUGAUCUUGGUUCUCUUCUGUGGCCGUCUUGUUUCUGGUUGGGUAGUAGGGUUUCUUGUUUUCUUAAUAGAAAGAAACUUCAUGCUCAGAGAGAAAGUACUAUAUUUCGUUUAUGGAUUAAGGAAAAGCUUUCAAAACUGUGCAUGGUUAGGUUUAGCCUUAGUUGCGUGGAUGAUCAUGUUCCAUGACGUCCAUAAACACAACAAGAUUUUGAAGAAAGCAUUUAGAUUCUUAAUAGCUGUUCUUAUUGGAGCUACCAUAUGGUUGCUAAAGAUCGUUCUUGUUAAAGUUCUUGCUUCAUCUUUUCAUGUAGCCACUUUCUUUGAUAGAAUGAAAGAAAGUGUGUUCCAUCAUUACAUUCUCGACACUCUCUCCGGUCCUCCAUUAGACGAGGAUGAGAGAGAAACACCCCACCCGCGAGGUCUCCGGCAUUCAAGGACACUGCCGGCGAGGCUGAAGGAUAGGCCGGUGGCUUCUCUGACACCAUCAAGAUCGAAAAAGUAUGGACCAGGGAAAAUAGAUAUGGAAAGAUUGAAGAAGCUGAGCUUGAAUAGUAGAGCAACUGCAUGGAGUGUGAAGAGAUUAGUGAGUGUUAUAAUGUCGUCAGGGUUGUCUACAAUUUCUAGAACAGUGGAUGAUUUUGGAAAUGGGAAGUCGGAGAUUAGCAGUGAAUGGGAGGCUAGAAGCUGUGCUCAAAGGAUUUUUAAGCACGUUGCUAAGACGGGUGCCAAGUACAUAGAAGAGGAAGACUUACUCAGAUUCUUAAAGAGAGAGGAGGUGCAUACCAUAUUUCCUCUUCUUGAAGGAGCUCUUGAGACUGGAAAAAUCACAAAAUCUUCUUUUAGAAAUUGGGUGGUACAUGCUUAUGUUGAGAGGAAAGCAUUAGCCCAUUCCUUGAAUGAUACGAAGACAGCAGUCCAGCAACUUCACAAGCUAGCAAGUGCAAUAGUAACAGUUCUUAUAAUCGUAAUCUCCCUUCUGGUAAUGGGAUUGGCAACCACCAAAAUUGUUUUAGUUGUCACUUCUCAGCUACUGCUCGUUGGUUUCAUGUUCCAAAACACUUGCAAAACCAUCUUCGAAUCCAUCAUUUUCGUCUUCGUUAUGCAUCCUUUUGAUGUGGGCGAUCGCUGCGUCGUUGAUGGCGUACAGAUGAUUGUGGAAGAAAUGAACAUUUUAUCAACUGUGUUCUUGAGAUACGACAUGGAGAAGAUUUACUAUCCGAAUUCGGUUCUCCUCACAAAGCCCAUAAGUAAUUUCAGAAGAAGUCCAGACAUGGGUGACUCAAUCGAUUUUACGAUUGAUGUUUCUACCACAGUCGAUGAUUUUAAUGCUCUUAAAAAGGCUAUACAAACGUACAUAGAGAGCAAGCCAAAGCAUUGGAGCCCAAAGCAUACAUUGCUAGUGAAAGAGAUAGAGAAUGUGGACAAGAUGAAGCUGACAUUAUGUGUGCAGCACACAAUGAACCACCAAAACUAUGGAGAAAAGAGCAGUAGAAGAUCAGAGCUUGUGUUUGAACUCAAGAAGAUAUUUGAGAAUCUUGGUAUAAGAUAUCAUCUUCUUCCACAACAGAUACAUCUUACACAAGUCAAUAUGGGCAGGAUAAGUUGAUCAUUAAUCUCAUAAUAUAUAGCUUAAAACUGCAAAUGCAAGCUUGCUGUUUAUACUAAAAUAUGUGUUUUUGUUUUGUUUACAUGGUAUAAUUACUUCUGGUGUAAUUAAUUCAAAGUAAUAUAAUAUAAUGAGAUGAAGUUCAAGAUUAUGAGGAAGAAAAAAAGGAAAGUGUGCUUCUUUAUAAUUGCAGAACUUUUGUAUUGCAUAUUAACUUGAAAGACAAGGUGAUUUCCUGAUUAUAUUCACCAUUAACUUGGCUUUGAAGGAAGAACAAAGCUAUAUUAUUA